AUGAUGGAGAUGUCGCUGAUGGAGGCGAUGGUGAGCGGCGGCACCGGGGAGUCGAUCCUGACGUCGAUGAAGUUUGCCGUGCUGCCGAUCGCCAAGGUGUUCACAUUGUGCUUCAUGGGCUUCCUCAUGGCCACCAGGUACAUCGGCAUCCUCGACGCCAACGGCCGCAAGCUUCUCAACGGGCUAGUGUUUUCCCUACUACUUCCAUGCCUUAUAUUCACUCAGCUUGGACGAGCAAUUACAGUGCAGAAAGUGUUAGACUGGUGGUACAUUCCUUUAAAUAUUGUUGUGGGGACAGUGUCUGGUUCUCUAGUAGGCCUUCUUGUGGCGUUGAUUGUGCAGCCGCCACAUCCAUAUUUCAAGUUCACCGUUGUCCACAUCGCUAUAGGUAACAAUGGAAACAUGCCUCUCGUCCUGAUCGCCGCUCUCUGUCGAGACCCAUCGAACCCGUUUGGGGAUCCUGAGAAAUGCAAGCAGGACGGCAACGCCUACGUCUCUUUUGGGCAAUGGGUCGGGGCGAUUAUCUUGUACAGCUACGUGUUUCAGAUGCUUGCGCCGCCGCCUGGUGAAACCUUCGAUGGAAGCAGAGUGGAGAAUCCCCCUCCCCCAGCCCUGGCUGCUGCACCUGCACCUGAACAAGUUCGCCUGCUAACCUCGCGUGCAUCUGAACAAGCUCCCAAGUGCUCAAAAGCACUGGAAAUUCUGCACAUCUUUGUUGAGAAAUUUAAGCUGAAGCGAGUGUUUCAACCACCGGUGAUUGCAUCGGCACUGGGGAUUUCCAUUGGAGCAACGCCAUCCCUGAAGCACUUGGUCCUGACUAACCACGCCCCGUUAUUCUUCUUUACCGAUGCCUGCAUCAUUCUUGGGGGGGCAAUGAUCCCAUGCAUCUUGCUCCCCUCGGAGGCAAUCUCGUCGAUGGUCCGGGUGCGGGCAGCAAGAAGCUGGGACUGA